AUGACCCACAUAUCAGAUAUUAAACUGAUAAGAACAGAUACUACACUUGAUCUUAGCCAAAAGGCCGAGAAAGUAGACACAGUUCAAUGUUUGGCUAAUGGAGAGGUUAUCUCCAUCCGUCUUGCAAGUUCGGAAUUAGCUGGAAGCAGUCGAACAAAGAUUAUUGUAGGUAUCAGUGUCAGUCUUGCCAUUUUCGUGAUCUUGGCCGUUGCAGCAUAUAUGUUCUGGAGAUACAGAGCAAAACAAAAUGAACCAACUCCUGUUGUCAUCGAUACAUCAGAAGAUGCAUGGAAGAAUGAUUUCGCACCACGAGAUAUAUCAGGAGUAAAUUUUGUUGAGAUGCAGACCAUACGAACUGCUACCGAUGACUUCAGUUCCUCAAAUAAACUCGGUCAAGGUGGAUUUGGUCCAGUUUAUAAGGGAAAGUUGCCGGAUGGGAAGGAAAUAGCUGUUAAGCGCCUUUCUAGUAGCUCCGGUCAGGGAGAAGAGAAGCUGUUGAUUUAUGAGUUUAUGGUGAACAAAAGCCUCGAUAUUUUUCUCUUUGAUCCAUCUCUAAAGUUCGAGCUUGAUUGGCCAACGAGAUUUGAUAUCAUUCAAGGCACUGCACGUGGACUUCUCUAUCUCCACCGUGACUCACGCCUGAGGGUCAUACACCGAGACCUGAAGGUCAGCAAUAUUCUUCUAGACGAGAAUAUGAUUCCAAAAAUAUCAGAUUUCGGAUUGGCUCGGAUGUUUGAAGGAACUCAAAAUCAGGACAACACUCGUAGGAUUGUAGGAACUCUAGGAUAUAUGUCUCCUGAGUAUGCAUGGACAGGAUUGUUCUCUGAGAAGUCUGACAUCUAUAGCUUCGGAGUUCUGAUGUUGGAAAUAUCAGCGGGAAGAGGAUUUCACGGUUCAUCUUUGGCGAUGAGAACAAAGGCCUUCUUGCAUAUGCAUGGGAAUCUUGGUGCGAGACCGGGGGAAUAA